AUGACAACGGUGAAAUCGAUCGAAACGGCACUAGGCCUCAUCGACUCAAAGAAAGAGAAUCUGAAGAAAGCAUUCGAAGAUUUACAAUCGCAUUCUUCGGUUUUGUCCUUCUUUAAUUUCACAUGGUCAGACCUCGACUCGUAUUUUACUUCCAUUCAGUCAGACUUGCUCGAAAAGUUUUCGACUAUCCAGACGCUCGAAUUGUCGCAGUCGCAGUCCCAGAAACUUAAACGCAAGAAACUGAAAGAUUCGGUCUCGGCGGACCCGAUUCCGGCCAGAUCGGAAUUGAGGUCACUUUGUGAGAAGAUGGACGGGAUGGGGUUGAGGAAGUAUAUAAUUGAGCGGCCCAGGGAACGGACCGCUAUCCGGGUUGAGCUGCCAGACGCGUGGAAGAGCGCCGCGGACCCGGGUUCGAUGAUUUUGGAUGCCUUGGAGGGGUUUUGUGAUGAAGGAUUGGUUUCCACGUCUGACCUAUAUGGGUCGAGGAGGGUGUGUGUGGUAUUGUUGGAGGAAUUGAUGAAGGCAAACGUGGAGAUUGGGGGGGAGGUUAGGGAGCGGGCGAGGGCAAUGGCAGCUGACUGGAAGGUGAAAAUAGAGGCUAAUGGCGGUGACGGGGAAGAGCGGGAGGAGGAGGAGGAAAAAGGUUUGAUGAAGCUGGGCUAUUUGCAGCUCUUGGCUACUUAUGGCUUGGUAAGUGCUGGUGGAUAUGAUGUAAAUGAGCUAAUCGAUUAUGCUGUUGUGAUUGCAAGAUAUCGACAAGCUGUUGACUUGUGUCAAGCUCUUGGCCUUGGCAAUAGGAUUUCUGAUGUUAUUCAGAAACUCAUCAGCAAGGGCAAACAACUUCUGGCUCUCAAAUUCAUUUUUGAAUUUGAGCUGACUGAUGAGUUUCCCCCAGUGCCAUUAUUAAAAGCCUAUGUGAUAGAUUCAAAGGAAAAUGUUCAAAAAAUUCGCAAGAGUGGCAAGAGCUCUCGUCAGUCUUUGAAUGAGGCUGUGAUGAAAGAAAUCAGUGCAUUGAAGUCGGUGAUUAAAUGCAUUGAUGAUCAUGGUCUAGAGUCGCAGUAUCCAAAACAUAUCCUUGUAACUCGUAUUGAGAAGCUGGAGAAGGAGAAGGCUGACAAGAAACGCCCUGCAACAGCCCCUGUGCCCAAACCUCCACAGCAGGCAAAGCAACAAAAGCAGAGGGGAAACAAGCGAGUGAAGGAAGUUACCGGUCCAUCGGCGGUCAAAAAGAAAAAUCAUUCUAAACGUGUUCUUCUUCCAUCACAACCAUCUCACGUGCAGACGUCAGGUUUGUUUCUGGAUCAUACUGCUCUUUACCACAGUUCUCCUGCUGGGGCCUACGGCAGGGGAGGACCCCACGUGGCUGCUGACAUGUAUGCUGGCUCAUCUGCUGGCUUGCAUGGGUUUCCGGGAGCCCCCAUGGGAUUUUCUGGGAACGUUAAUCAAACUGCAGCCAAUGCUUAUCCGUCAGAACGACAAGGGCAACCUAGUUACUAUGACGCUGCAAUUGGUUAUGGUGGAUAUGGCAUACCACCUCAAUACCAUCCAGGUUACUAUCCACAGUAG